GAGUCUGUCAUUACAGCACAUUCAGGCGAAGCAAGGGUCCGGCCUUUUCUUCUGUUUUGUGGACUAAUAAGGCUUAUUCUAAGAGAACUCCUUACUUAACCUUUGAGAUAGAAAGACUGAGCGAAAGAGUAGUCAUGGCAAAUACCUUCUCCGUCUUCUUGUUGAUGUUACUUCUUUUAGGAAUGGCACAAGGUCAACAGAAAAAUGCACAUAACCUUACAGAAUUUAUGAACCCAAGAAUUUUCAGGGGUCAUUCCAUCCCAAUUAAGCUUCCUCUUACUCCAAAUUCAACAGAAAUUCAAACACGUCUUAUUGAAGCUGUUGGUCCUGCCCUUGUAUUGUUGACCAACAGCAGCGCCUCAUACCUCCGGAGUUCACUCAGUACAUGGGUCAUCCCGUCAAUCUACGUUGUGGAAAUUGUCAUCGGAGUCCCUGCAAACAUUGCCAUUUUGGUCUCAAUUGGCACAAAAGUACGUGCGGUAUCCGUGGCCAUCUUAUGCUGCAGCCUGGCAGCUUCGGACCUCCUGCUCCUGCUCAGCCUGCUGUUCAAGACGCAUUACCACUUUUCGGGUAACAACUGGACAUUUGGUGAAGCUGCAUGUCGUCUCACUACUGCGUGCUUUUAUGGCAACUUGUAUUGCUCAGCACACACACUAGCAUGUGUGAGCAUUAAGCGCUACCUAGCUGUGGUGCACCCCUUCUUUUACAAAAGUCUUCCCAAGCGCUCCUGCACAGCCUGGACUAGUAUAGGUGUGUGGCUUGUAUUUUCAUUGGCAAUGUUGCCUGAUCUUUUAGUACAUCAGACCUACCACAUACCUGAACUGGGAAUCACUACGUGUCACGAUGUCCAUCCUGUCGAUGCCAGCACUUACAAAUUUCUGGUGUAUUACAACAUAGGGUUAACAUUAUUAGGGUUCCUGCUUCCCCUGAUAGUGACUGUAGCAUGUUUUGCCUCAAUUGUAUGGCAUUUGAACUGUUCACACCAUGACUGGAGUGUCUACAUCAAGGUCAGCACGUUAGUCUUUCUCAUCUUCGUUAUUUGUUUCAGCCCAAGCAGCUGCAUACACUUCCUACACUAUGUACGCAUAUACACGAGUGGAGACGACCAUUUCUACGCCUACUUUAACAUAGUGGUCUGUCUCUGCUGCCUCCACUGCUGUUUGGACCCAUUUCUCUUUCUGCUUAUGUCUAGGGCAACAGGCUCCAGGCUUUACUUUAUGACACGCAAGGGAAACAUGCUCAGCGUUUCCACUUGAAUUUGGAUUUGUAAUGGCUUUUUUAAACAAAACUGCAGAGCAGCUCUGUUUUAAAUGGAGGAAAUGAAAUCAGCAAGAUAUAAUGCUUCACAAAAAAAGAUUAAAAAAAAAAAAUCAGUGAACUAAUUCCAAAUAAAAUAAACACCAGUGUUUUAUUGUAUAUAGUUUGCCAAUGAACAAAGAUAGAUACAGAAAUAGAAUCAGUUUUAAUUUUAGAUUUUAAUGUUCCCUUUUUUAUUCUCUGCACAAGGAGGAAAGUGGAAUUAGUAUUCAGAUCAAAUGUGCAAAGACUCAGCUAGUAUGUGGUUUUAAAUGGUUAUCCAUUAUACAUGGACAAAACAUGGAGCCGUUUAAACAGUCAAGACUAUAAAGGGCACAUUGUAUUACUGUGAUGAAUGCUUGUGUGUGUGCGUGUGUGUGUGUGUGUGUGUGUGCUUAGAAAAUGUGUAUGUAGGGGGGGCGUUUAAAAGGUUCAGGUCUGUAUGUAUGUAUAUGUUGCUGUAGAUUGCACAUUUGAUUUACUUUCAGUGCUUUAUUUAGUUGUGUUGUAAUAGAACCACUGCUUUAUCGCACACAAUAAAUGCCUAUCAAGCUCA